CUUCAAAGCGAUGAGGAAACCGAGCUGGAAGGUUCUUCUCUCUAACCUUGAAAAAAAAAAUCCAAGACUGCUUUGAUGCGGAGAGUGCAGAGCAUCACUCCAGGUGGUGGCGGCGGCGCGGAGCAUCUGAGGCGCACGGCGACAGCCCCUCCCCCGAGCUGUCGCCAACUAUAUUCCCAUUUGGAUAGCCCCGACUAAAGAUGGCCGAAUACAACAUCACAUCAGCGUCUAAGGAAGCGGACGCGUCUUUCCCUCGGCCCCACGUGACGGAGCACAACGCCAGCAUGUCCGACGCGAUGGAGCCGCUGCCCUUCCGCGUCGUCAUGGGGAUCGUCUACAGCGUGGUCUUCAUCGUGGGUCUCCUCGGCAACUCGCUGGCCAUCUUCGUGGUGAUGCGCUACACCAAGAUGAAGACAGUGACCGACAUGUACAUCUUCAAUUUAGCCCUGGCGGAUGAACUCUAUAUUUUAGGAAUCCCCUUCAUGGCUACCAACAGCGUCCUCUACUACUGGCCCUAUGGGGAUUUUUUCUGCAAGGUGUGCAUGACGGCAGACGCCAUGAGCCAGUUCAUGUCGACCUUUUGCCUGACGGUGAUGAGCAUCGAUCGCUACCUGGCGGUGGUCCAUCCCAUCCGCAGCGCCACGUGGAGGAGGCCGCAGGUGGCCAAGAUUUUCAGCGGCAUGCUGUGGGUUGUGUCCUUCGUGGUCGUGUUGCCCGUCACCAUCUUCUCACACGUUCAGGAGGGCUUCAACACCUGCAACAUCACGUGGCCCGAGAUGCAGAAAUGGUGGUCUGUCGUCUUUAUCCUCUAUACAUCCAUCCUAGGCUUCUUCGCACCGCUGCUGGUCAUUAGCGUCUGCUACUUGAUCAUUGUCAUCAAGGUGAGGUCGGCGGGCGUGCGGGCGGGCGUGACCAAGCGGCGUAAGUCGGAGCGGAAGGUGACCCGCAUGGUGGUGAUCAUCGUGGUGGUCUUUGUACUUUGUUGGAUGCCCUUUUUCACCACCAACAUUGUCAACCUGGUCCACAUCAUCCCCGAGAACAACGCCACAGCGGCCGUCUACUUCUUCCUCGUCACCCUCACCUACGUGAACUCCUGCGCCAACCCCAUUCUCUACGGCUUCCUCUCCGACAAAUUCAGACAGAGCUUUCAAAAGGUGCUCUGUUUGCAUAAACCCAAAGCGGGUGUUGCCUCUGUAAACCUGAGGGAAGCCCAGCAGGCCGCACACAAUGACAAGCCGGCAUCCAACCACGAUCCGCUUUUCCCAGCCGGGAAUCUGAACCACAAUGGAAAAAUACGGAACAGCCAGUGCGUCCAGAUGGAGGCCGCUGGAAAACCUGACAAUGACUCUUCAACGGCAUUGAAUGGUCAGUCAAUGCCGUGAGAUGAUGCGACACGGUGGCCCCAUGCCAAACGGGAAGUGCCACCGUUUCAACCUGGACCUCAGACUGACGAGAAUUUCAUUGCACAGUAACUCUCACCAGGAUAGAAUUCAAUUCUUUAUCUUUGUAGUGAUCGGCAAGGCUGUUCGGAUCAAAUUCUUGAUGCAAAAGGCAAAACGAGGUCAUGUUUAAAAUUCGACGAGAUCAAGUGUGCUCCCUCAGAUGCCCUUUUUUUUUUUAAAUUUAAAUAUUUUGCUAUUCACUGGAAAAGUCAAAAGGGGGACUUAAUCUGCGACCAAGAGCAGUAUUUUUGGACGAUGUUCAUUCAUCAGAGUUUUACGUGUUAAAAUUUCAGGGAACUAUGCAAGUGUUUCUUAGUCUGAUUGACAAAUAAAUAAUAAUGCAGUGGAAAGCACUGUGCAGAAAAAAAAAGAUUUAAACUUGCAUGUUGACACCACAAGAUGACUAUUUUCAUCAAAAUGAAACUCCUCAACUCACUCCAACACGAAUCCUUGACACCAAGAUGCUGCAGGUUGACACUAAGGGUACUAUUGGCUAAAUGAAGCGCCUUAAUUAAUUUUAGCAUGGUUCCUUGAGACCAAGACGCUACAGGAUGGCGUCAAAGCAAUACUUUUAAUUUGGCCUGAGCAGAAAAACAGCAAAUAAGUGAGUUUUUCAGAAGAGACUGGAAUCCUUUAAAAAAUAAACUCAGACACACACAAAAAUCUGCAAAUAAGUGCUAAUGCCAAACCUGGAAUAUGAGCUUGGUGACUGUAUUUCAAUGAAAAAAAGUGGGAGACGUAUAGUCAACCUAAAAAAUAUAUCUGAAUGAGGGGUGUGGGGAUGCGUUCAAAAUGAGUUAUUUUGCAUUAAAGUUUUGCCAUUUUUCAAAAUAAAUUAUCACCAUUCAAUUCAUUGCCAAUGUUUCCUUUCCAAAAUUCUUCACUAGAACGAACUCUGGAACAUUCGCACACCUUGGAACGCAUGCUCUCGGAACACAGCUGCUUUUUCUCUUUAGUUGUGUUGUUUAUCUCAACCCCCCCCCCCCAACCCCCCACCCCUUUAAUUUCAAAAGCACUCGAGAGUCUAUUUUUCAAAUCUUAUGGCUGGCGUCCUUGCAAGUAGUAAGUUAGGGAAUAUAUAUGGAUGCAAAUUCUAAACAAUAAUGAAAGCGUUAAGUUAUUGCAUGAUGUAAAAAAAAAAAAGAUGAAACAAACAAAAUGUGUAUGACACCUUUGCUCCAAUGUAAUGAAGCAAAAUAAUUCAUGCGCGAGACCCUUGUCCCCUGAUAAUUAUUAUUAAAGAGGCAUUGUUGGCCUGAAACCAUGACACAUGAGCGCUUCGUUUUUUUUCUCCACCUUAGUUUGCUAAUAUAAUAAGUCUGCUGGAGGCAAAGCAACAGCUUUCUGCUAUUUGUGGAUUUAAAAAAAAUUAAAUGCACUUAACUCAUAGUGUGCUUUUAUGUUUAGUGUAUCAUGAAAACAACAAAAUAACGACAGGGAAAUACUUUACUGUAUUGGAAUGCCCUAGCUCCGCCUCCGGUUGUCAUAGUAACGGAUUAUAAAUUAGCAAGAAAUGUCAAAGAUAGUUUUUUUUUUGGUGGGGGAGGGGGCGGAGGGGAGAAGCCUGGUCACUGGUUUAACAUUGCAACAUCACAAAUAGCACCCUGUAACUUUCCACGUUCACUGGAGGCAGCUGAUUAAAAUAUUGCAUUUGAAAUUGUAACAGCGGCAAUUCAAAACAAACAUGUGAUGUCAGUUUCGCGAUGACGUCUGUUUAUGUUUUAACACUCCAUUUCCUUUCUUCUGAAAUAUAGACUGUGUUUUCUAUAAACGCUCUCGAUGUACUUGCUGGUUGUGUCGUAUCUGUGUUGAAUGGUGCUGUGCUGUCAAGUAUUUGGUGGUACAAAUACGCUACGAUGUAUUUGCUGUUGGUCAUUCUGGUCGAGCAGAAAGUACAAUUAGCUUGUGAAUCCACACGGUGUCAUUCAUACGACAGAGUAUCUUUGUGUUCAACCAAACAGUCCCAGACUUCACUGUAAUAUAUUUGUGAGUACGUUGAGACAAAGUUAUCAUUAAUUCAGUACUUUUUGUGAAAAUAUGGGCCUUUACUCAAUUAAAGGUUAUCAAUCAUUGGUCUA